CCGGGCAUGCGCAGUGGGGCGUUGGGUGCGGGGCGCGACGGGACGCCUCCUCCGGCCGAUGGCGACGCGCUGAAGGGGGAGAAGAAAGCCGAGCGCGCGCGGCGUCGCGGCCAGGGACUCUCUUCCGAGGCGGCGUCGGGACCUCUCCGGCCUUCCGCUCGGGCGCGCGCGCCAGGGACUCGUUCUCGGAGGCCCCCGCCAGCGGGUCCCCCUCGAUGGCCGACGGCGGGAAAGGCGGAUACAGCGAACAUGAUGAUCGUGUGGGUGGUGGAGGCAGUAACAGGGGCAUCCCUGGGCGGAGGAGAAAAGGCCGUGGCCCCUUCCGAGGAAAAAUGUACAGCGAGAUGAACCAUCACCAGCGGAGUUGGAACAAUGCUGGCCCCAGUCCUCGUAGCCGGCUUGAUGACGACGACGGGGAUGUUCUCAUGAGCGACCCUCACGAAGUGCUCCGAACUCGCUACACUCCUUAUGGGCCACGUCCACACCGACCAGAGCGAGGGGGCCUGAACACCAUAGGUGCCACAGUGAGGCGAAAUCUGAAUAUUGGAGAUCGUGCUGUUCAUAAGCCCCCAAUAUCCAAGAAGACCUGGUUCAGGAUUACGAUUCCUUAUGGAAGAAAAUAUGACAAGAGCUGGCUGAUUAAUGCCGUACGGGAAGUUUGCAGUGUUCCCUUCAAUCCUGUGGAGUUCCACUGUGUUAAUAAUCGGGUUGUGUUCUACGUAGAAGAUGCUUCUGUGGCCAAUGCCCUUAAGCAAGUGUCUCGGAAAAUUACUGCUCCAGAUGGCUACAAGGUGGCGAUACUCAUAAACACGUGCAAUCCACCUACGACUAUCCAGCGUGAACUGAAACCAGAGGAGAUUGAACAGCUGAAGCAAUGUAUGAGUAAAAGAUACAAUGGCUCCCAGCAGGCUUUGGAUCUGAAAAAUAUUCAUACAGACCCUGAUCUGAUAGCCCAAAAUAUCGACAUCGUGUUGAACCGCCGAACCUGCAUGAUCGCUGUGCUGCAGAUCAUCCAAGAAAACAUCCCCGAGCUCCUUUCCCUCGAUUUGAGUGACAACAAGCUCUAUCGGCUCGACGACAUGACCGAGCUGCAUCAGAAAGCUCCCCGUCUGAAGAUCCUCAACUUGUCUUGCAAUCAGCUGAAGACAGAAUACGAGCUGGAUAAGCUGAAAGGCUUAAAGCUGGACGAACUCUGGCUGGACAGCAACCCCAUGUGCGACAACUUCCGGGAUCGGUCUACGUACAUCAGCACCAUCCGAGAACGUUUCCCCAAGCUGCUGAGGCUGGAUGGUCACGAGCUCCCCCCACCGAUCUCUUUUGAUGUUGAAACUCCUACCACUUUGCCUCCCUGCAAGGGCAGUUAUUUUGCCUCCGAAGGCUUGAAAAUGCUGAUCGUGCAGUUUUUACAACAAUAUUAUGCCAUAUAUGACUCUGGAGACCGACAAGGCCUGCUGGACGCGUAUCACGAGGGAGCCUGCUGUUCUCUGAGCAUCCCGUUUUCUGUGAACCACCCUUACAGGAACAGUUUAGCUGAAUACUUCAAAAACAGCAGGAACGUGAAGCGGCUGAAGGACCCCACCAUGCGCUUCCGACUCCUCAAGCAUACCAAGUUGAACGUCGUAGCUUUCCUCAGCGAAUUGCCCAAGACACAGCAUGACGUGAAUUCCUUCGUGGUGGACGUCUGUGCGCAAACGAAUUCGUUACUCUGUUUUACGCUCAGCGGAAUCUUUAAGGAAGUGGACAGCAGGUGUCGAGACGUGGUACGAGCCUUCACGCGUGUAUUCAUUGCUGUUCCUGUGGGUCACAGCGGGCUGAGCAUUGUGAACGACCAGCUGUUCAUCCGAAAGGCCAACAACACAGAAAUCCGGAAAGCUUUCAUCAUGCCGGCGCCCACGCCCUCCUCCAGCCCCGUGCCCACCCUUACGGCCGAGCAGCAGGAGAUGUUGCAGAACUUUUCCCUGCAGUCGGGCAUGAACCUCGAGUGGUCUCAGAAGUGCCUCUUGGACAACGAUUGGAACUACGCGAAAGCAGCCCAUGCAUACACCCAGCUCAAGGCUGAGCAGAAGAUACCAGAAGUGGCAUUCCUCCACUGAACAACAGCUGCGUUGCCCUGACCAAAACCAAUCCAGCAACCUUUUUAUCGAUGAGAUGCCUGUUUUUGUAAAUAAAAUUUCACCGUGUAAAUUAAGAGACUCCUGCCCUGUCACGAUCAGGAACGCCGCGGCCCUGCCUCUCACCGUUGGGGCGGAGGCCGAAGCCGUGGCAAACGCUGUAGAAGAGGCAGCCCGUUCCCAGCGACAUUGGUCGUUGGAAGAGAUGCCAAGAUGGGCUGGUGGCUUAGAGGACGAAGGUGACCCCGUGUGAAGAUCCGGAGGCCAAAGAAGGCGAAAGACUCAUCCUUGUUUCCUUUCCUCCACCCCUUUUCGUUUGGAAACCUAGUUUUUUUUUUUGCAUAUUCUCACCUGAUGCUUUUUUUUCCCCGGUAGCAACUAUCUCAGGAGUCACAUUCUGUACGUGCCGAGACUGAGGGGGGGGUCAGCGCUUCCAAACACAGAGUUUACGGCUGUUGCGACAACUCUAAACUUCCCAGCCGAGGAAAGGGAGCACCCCAGAUGCUUGAUGGCACCCUUGUUUCUUUCCAGCUGUUGGCCCGGAGGUCAAGCAUCUUUCUGAUUUGAUCUCUAAAACGUUGGCCCCGCAGAGCCUCGUUCUUUUCUCAGUGUUCAUUGUUUUCGUUUAAGUGAGAAGCAGCUUGGGACUCUUCUGUUCAGCAAGCCGUAGCUUCUGUGUUUUCUUUCUGGUUCUCAGAGACACUACGCCUAGUAAAGUUAUUAUUAAAA